AUGGAAAAGACGGGUCGAGAGUAUCUUCGAGCAGAAUUGAAAGCGAAGGGAGAAGCGGAUACCGUAGAAGAUAUGCUUCGAGUAGGAUUCCAUUGGCCACCAUUGGUCACCGUCAAUCAUUUACACAUGCACAUUCUCUAUCCCAUCAGAGAGCUUGGCUUCUUCUCACGUCACUUAACAUUCCGUCCAGGAAAAGUGUUUCGACCAACGAGUGAAGUGAUUGAAGAAUUGAGGAAAGAUGCCAAUAUUCCUGAUCCAUUUCAAAAUAACCCCGCUAAGGAUGACGAACCUGAAGCUCUGCCAGCACAUGCUGUUGUCAACUGA